AUGUCGGUCGAUGAGACGUCGGCUUUGCUCGAGAAGACGCGUGACGACGACGCGCGCGCGCGGUGGCGCCUCGGGCGGUGGACGGUGGUGGUGGGCGGCGCGUUCGCGGUGGUCGAGCUCGCGGCGGCGGCGCGCGAGGGCGGGCUGGGCGCGUGGCGAGGCGUGCGCGGGAAGCUGUUGCCGCGGACGCCGAGGAACAGUGAGCGCGCGGGCGCGGGCGGACCUCUGCGACGAGUGACGCUGUACGAUCACUGCAUGGACGAUGCGACGAAGCUGGAGGGGGUGAGGAGAGACUUUUGGACGACUGGACGCGAGGGCGCGCGGGUGGUGCGACAUAAUUUCGGCGCCGGCGAUUUCUUCUCGUACAAGAAGGGAAUCCCGCUGGAAAGGCGGAUGAUUGACGACGGCCUGUACGCGUGGACUUUGGAAACGCGUGACUUUGAUUGGGAAUACGGAUUUGCACUCGGAAAUGUGGCGGGAAAGCAGUAUUACGACAUCGGCUCUGUCGCGGAGCGUGCGCCGCUUGCGCGUGAGGACAAUUUUGGGUGCGUGCAGCGAUACGGCAAAUAUUUCAAUCGAGUUGUGACGAAUGAGAUCGAUCCAGUGAACAUUUCGUAUGUCUUUGGUUCGUGCUUGCGUGAGUGUCCGCCGGGGUACAAGGAUUACUCGAUGGUGCCAAAACCAGUGAGCGGAGAACUCCCGUCUAUCGCGACUGAUCCGACGGCGUCUGUGGAUUUGGGCGAUUCUCCGGACGCCCGUCUCGUCAUUCCUUCGUCCGUCAUGUUUCUGGCUGACACCAAGAAUAAGGAUGUAGGUAUAAACCCACAUCUCAGAACAGGUUUACAAAAAGACACCACAUUUGCCGAAUCAAAAAACGCCGUACGGUGGAUCGUGGGUGGUAUUGACUACUGGCGUAUGUAUCUGAAGAUGGCCAAGAUUGAAAUUUAUCUGGAAAACGGGCGUGCGAAAGUGCGCUUCAUCUCACAGACGCGUCACACCCUCGGUCCAAAUAAGGGUUACCCAUAUCGUUCGAAGGGCAACAAAGACUGGCGCGUGGGAGAUGCAUACGUCGAUGGUUGCACGAAUGUCUUUUGUGAUCCCAUGCAGUACGACUUGUCAACCCUGUACGGAGAUAGCGGCAACACAAAAAUGACGCAGUAUAUCAUCAAAUCCAUUCUGUACAGGUCUCUCAAAUUGGGCGACUCAGCACCCACUUUGCACCGUUUGACGACGGGCAUCCAGUCAGAGCCCAACUGCGCAGUGGAAGCGUGCACUUCGGCGCAGCGACAAUCGACUCACUUCCUCGAAGGUACCUGGUCAACGGGCGCUUAUAAAGAGAGAACGCUAUUUCCAGCGGGAAAAUGGGGACCAGACGUGGAUGUUCGUCGCUUGACCAUCACGUCUGGCGUGUUAUGUUCCACGGGCCAAAACAUGGGCCACUGCAUGUUUGCAAUAGCGCGAGCGUUCGACCCGGGAUCGAGCGGUUGGCAAGGAUACACCGGUCCCACGAGAACGCGAAAGCAAUACAUUCUCGCUUCUCUCGUGGGAGCUGGCUGGAAGCUCGCUCGAGUCGAAGUAUUCGUCGACGGCGGCGCGCUGAAGAUCAAGGCGCUCGACACCGUCCUCGACCACUACAGACUCGCCUCCGAUCACGACGCCGUCACGGGAGACGGUGUGCUGGCGGAUAUCUCGGCCAAGUAUCGGUUACCGGCGAAAACCGAUAAGUUGAUGCGGACCGGCGCUCUCGACAACUGGUUGAACACGAACGGGCAGAAGAUGGGCGUCGGCGGCGUCUAUUAUGAACUCGCCGGCUCCAUGGUUCCGUCCCUCGUCGGCCUCGACCAAGUCGUCCCGCUCGACGUCGAGAACCAACAGUGA